UUGUGUAUGUUUUUAUUUAUUGAUCCACUUUUUUCCAAUAACUGAAAGCUCUUCUGACUUCUGACCCACACAAGAGUGUACAACAGAUAGAGAAGGAAAAGCCUCAACCCUAACCCUCCAAAUUCCAAUCCCUAGCAUUUGUGCUAACAAAUCUCUAUCUACAGAUUUAACUCUACAUUCAUAUAAUUUAUCUAUUCGCUUGAAUUUCGAAUUUCGUAUUACAGCAUCAAUUCAAGUUUGUUGUCAAGGAAAAAAAAUUGAGGAGUUUUUCGACGAUAUUAAAAGAAUUGAAGGCUAUUAUGAGCAAGGACACUGGUGUAUUUUCUCCGGGAGAAUAAACUGUGGGUCACAAAUUUGGGUGAGAUUUGGAUUAAUAAUAAAUUGAAAUUGAGAAGAGAUAAAUAAUGGGAUUAUUGUGUGAUUAUUGUGGGGAGCAAAGAUCAACGGUGUAUUGCCGGUCUGAUGCUGCUUUCUUGUGCCUAUCCUGUGACCGGAACGUUCACUCCGCUAAUGCCCUUUCGAAGCGCCAUUCUCGAACACUUGUAUGUGAAAGAUGUAAUGUCCAACCUGCUUGUGUUAGAUGUAUCGAUGAAGGAGUCUCUCUUUGCCAGAAUUGUAAUGUGCAGGGACAUGAUUGGUCUACGACCUCUUCGUUGCACCAGCAGCAAAGUAUUAAUUAUUAUUCUGGCUGUCCAUCAGCAGCAGAGCUCUCGAAAAUCUGGUCAUUCAUCUCGGAUAAUCCUGACCCUUUAACAGAUAAUUCUACCUGUCAGGAGGGAUUAGGUCUAUUGAGUAUUUCUGAAAGUGGAGGUGCAAAGGACUGCAUAGAUCCUGUGGGCAGCGACAACGAGCAAGCUGCCAUGGUUGUGGUGGGUGGGAGUGAUCUGCAGACUGUUAAUAAAUCUUUUGUUUGGAAUGGACCAGCAUAUAUCACUGAACGUGAAUUUCCUGAUCAACCUGGCUGUGCAGAAUCCUCAAAGUUGUUUUAUCCCACUAACAGAGUUCCAGGGAUUAAUGAAGACGAUCCGUUUGCUGAUCUGGACAUGGAUGAAGUAGACAUAAACUUUGAGAACUACAACGAGCUCUUUGGUGUUACACUUACUCACUCUGAAAAGCUGCUCGAGAAUGGUGGCAUCAAUAGCUUGUUUCCGAGACAAGAUAUAUCUACAGCUGAUUCUGAUUGCCAGGGGGGAUUCAGUGUUGAGGGAGCAUCUGUUGGAGUUACCGGUCAAAUGCAGCCAGUUAUUAGCACUGCACAAUCUGCUGACUCAAUCAUGAGCGUCAAAACUGAACCAAACCAUAGUUUUGCAGCAAAGCCAGCCCUUUCUAGUCUCUCUUUUUCUGGCAUUACUGGAGAGAGUAGUGGUGGGGAUUAUCAAGACUGUGGGGCUUCUUCAAUGCUUUUACUUGGAGAGCCACCCUGGUGCCCUCCCUGUCCUGAGAAUUCAUACCAAACCAUUACUCGAACUGAAGCUGUUAUGCGAUAUAAAGAGAAAAAGAAGACCCGACAAUUUGAGAAGAGAGUGAGAUAUGCAUCCCGCAAAGCCAGGGCUGAUGUAAGGAAGCGUGUGAAGGGUCGGUUUGUCAAGGCUGGUGAUGCUUAUGAUUACGAUCCACUCAAUCACACCAGGAGUUUUUGAAAAGUAAUUUCUCAUCUUUGUAAGGAGUGUGCAAACAAAAAAGGCUUGGUGCUACAUUGUGUUUCAACGACUGCUUUGGGGUUUUUGCCCAUUAUCUAAUGUACAUUUGGAACAUUUAUAAGAUGAUUAUGACAGUCGCCAACAAAUGAAGGGUGGUUGUUAGCCUAAGCUUUAGAUGGUUAGCACUUGGGGUACAAAUCUCUCUGGCUGACAAUGUCCUGUGACUUCGAAUAGCCUGUCCAGAUUCCCCUGCUCGUAAAUUUUGGCACCUGAACAUGCCAGGUAUACAUGUAUAAUCGUCUGCGAGGAAAUGUCACCUUCAUAUGGCUUCUUAUUCUCUCAGUAUGUUGUCAUACCUUUCCUAUAACAUUUAAAUUACCAUUGUAUGUAGUACAAAAGUCCUACAAGCUCUAAGAGGGAACUGGUGAGGGUUCCCGCCUUGUUUUCUUUCUUUAUUUUUUGGUUUUUUUGGUUGGGGGGACCGUGCUAUGUAGAUUUUAUGUACAUUGCUUUUUAUUUUGCGGAAUUAACGAUAGAGUUGUAAAUGUAUAUUGUAAUCUAUUGUCAGAAAAUCGUAGGGCAUAUAUGGUUUUGCAAUAAUGUCGCCUGGUAUCUAUGUUGUCCAAAGGUAGUUAUAGUAAUCAGAUGCUUGAGGGGCAGCAAUCAAUAAAAUUGAUAACGAGUUCUUCCGUUUCAA